GCUUUGUAGCCAUGGAUCUGAAACUUCUGAUCCUUCUGCCUCCACCUCCCAAGUGCUGGGAAUACAAGCCUAUGUUGCUGGGCUAGCUUUGUGUGGUGGUGCUGGGGAUGGAAGCCAUGGCUGCAGACACUCUGGGAAUGUGGACUAUUGCUUGACUUCCAGUUCCAGCAUUUCUGUAUCUUUGGGGUCUGAGCUAAGUGGAAGAGGAACUCAGGAAAGGCUAGUUGAUCAGCUUUAGUCAGCUUCACUAGGUACAAAUGGGCUGCAAGCCAGCAAUUCCCUGGAACUCUUGGUUAUGCAGUGAUCUGGCAAAGAGUCCUAAAGCCUGUUAUUCUUGUCCUUGCAGCAGAGAUUCGGAGAUGAAGAGGAAUGCAGGUUAGAUUGUCUGUACUAGUCAAAGUGUGGGUCUGUCUUUUUUGUUGUUGUUGUUUGAGACAAGGCUCAUCUAUGUAGCCUUGGCUGGUCUAGAAUUUGCCUAGUAGACCAGGUUGGCCUCAGAAUCAGAGAUCCACCUGUCUCUGCCUUGGAGUUCAGGGAUUGAAGGUGUGUGCCCCAUGCCCCACCUGUGGGUCUGUUUUGACUGCUCUUUCUGGUCCUGCAGCACCAUGAGGCUUGCCACAAUCCUUGUCUUUUGCUCUUUAUUUGUGGGAGUCAGUGGUGAUGGCUGGUAUUCGUUCUUCAAGGAAGCCAUACAAGGGACUUGGGACUUGUGGAGAGCCCAUCGGGACAAUCUAGAAGCCAAUUACCAAAAUUCAGACAGAUACUUCUAUGCUCGGGGCAACUUUGAGGCCCAACAAAGAGGAGCUGGGGGCGUCUGGGCUGCUAAAAUAAUCAGCACCAGCAGGAAAUACUUUCAGGGUCUCCUAAACCGAUAUUAUUUUGGAAUGAAGGACCAUGGAUUGGAAAGCCUGGAAUCUACCCGGAAAGCCGAGGAAUGGAGUCGAAGUGGCAAAAACCCUAAUCACUUCAGACCCCAGGGCCUGCCUGAGAAGUUCUGAGCCUGCUACACAGGCUGCACUGAGGAGACUAGGCUGUGAGCCGCAUCCCUCUCCCCUUGACAGGAUGUCACCGGUGUCCACAGGAAUCACAGAGAAGCUAGAGAUGCCCACCAAAUACUUGUGGAUGGAAUUUGUUGAUGGAAAUGUGGAACUGUCAGAAAUAACUUUCUGGGAAGAAUUGCUAUGUAUCACACAGAAGGUAAGUAGAGGAGGAGCUGUGACCACCAGGAAGUAGCCUGAAACCAUGCAGGCCCCUCACCCCACCCCACCAAAUCUGCUCUAGCCUUUAGCCACACCAGCUUCCCCUGACAAGCAGGCCUGAGGUAGUAGAGUGUUGCCAGCCAUGUCAGCCGCCUCCACAAGUGAAAUUUACUCUGAGAUGUGCCCUGGUCAGCUGUCCAUCAAUUCCUCCUUGAUAUAGAUCAGAUGUGUUUCCCUAUUCCCAACAUCUUCUGGUCAUACCAGGGCCUCGAUGUUGUGCUAUUGUUGUUAGCAGGCUUUUCUGUGUAGUGAUGUCACUUUGUUUAUCUAUCAUGUCAUGGUCUCACGCAAGGCUUUCUCACCUAUGUCCCCUUUUCAUAGAGAGAAGAACAUCACUCUGAGAAAGCCUUAUCCUAACCUUAGGAAUCCUAACCUAGACACUGCACUGGGGACCAGGGAUAUAGCUCAGUUGACAGAGUGUUUGCUUAGCAUUCAUGAACCCUUAGGGGAUCCUUAGAACUGUGUAAACCUGGUGAUGGAGCACAUUUAUAUUCCUUG